AUGACAGACCGCCGCUACGGAAGCCGUGCCCUCGGUAGCACCUACGAUUACGACACUACCGGUACGACCUACGAUACCACUGGAACCAGCUAUGAUCCCACUGGCUACAGCACCUACGGCACUGACGGGUACGGUUCAACAGGCUAUGGUGCCGCCAACACUGGCUACGGCACCACCUACGACACGGGCUAUGGCACCACCACCUAUGAUCCCAGCAGCGGUGCCUACGAUCAGCAUCUAGAUUACCACACCGAUGGCUCUCGCCGUCAUCACCGUGAGCGACUUGAUAAUAGCGGCGUCUACCGCCACCGGGACGUGGACCGUCGUGACGAUGGUACCACUCAUGUUCACCGCGAGUACGAUAACCCCAACACUGGUACCAGCUACCACCGGGACUACGAGCGGUAA